AUGAAAAAUUUGUGCGUUUAUAGCGAAGAGUCGAACCUGCGGUCGUUCGCUUCCGACAAGCUGACGGUCUCUUUUCCGUCAUUGGUCUCGAAGUAGACACACUUGAUCGAAAUGGCGUCUCAUAAAACGUUCCGCAUCAAGCAAAAGCUUGCCAAGAAGCUGAAGCAAAAUAGACCCAUCCCGCAAUGGAUUCGUAUGCGCACGGGUAACACCAUCAGGUACAACGCCAAGCGCCGUCACUGGAGACGCACCAAGCUGAAGCUGUAA